UGGAGCUCCACGUUGGUCUCCUCCGCGCUCAUCUCGCGUGACAGGAUGUGAGAGAUGUGCUGAGUACUCGAGAGUCUGAGAGACAAUGGUGGCUGAUGCGAGUGGGGAGGAGAGGGGCUGUGGAUGGUGCGUUCAAGGGCAGUCAGAACAUUGUGCAUCCCUGCUCAGCCUCCAAUUCAUGCCCGGAAAGCUAGUUCUCCUCGAUCAUAAACGGGUUGCUUAUUUCAGGUAUGAACUUGGGAUAUUGCCAUGUGUCGUGCCAAGUUGUAAAAACGAAUUAAACACAAAUUAGACACUUUUAUUUUAACCCAACGGUUCCCCCCCUCAUCGCCUGAGAUAUAGUUUUUUUCCGAGCUAAUCCAGUAGACUUGAACGCACCAUUAACCGGCUCACUCCUGUUUUCUCCCUCCACUUGCGCAUCAUCGUUCUGAUGUUGUCAUGGCAACGGUCGACAGCUUCUUCUGUCGGGAGGACGCCGCGAUUACGGUCUUUAUUCGUUGUUUUCGGACAUGAACAUUCGAUGAAUUAAUGAGCGAGUCCCAGAAAGGACAGAAAAACUGCUGACACCAGCUGAGGGCCAGCAGACAUCUGCUGACUCAUCAGAAGAGGAAGUGGCAUUCUGACUCAGCGAGCCCUAAACUCGGCAUUACGUGAGGCACAGCACUUAUACUAACCUCAGAAAUAAACACACAUCAGAUGAACUCACUCUGACUGGGGAAUAUCAACAUGAUAAUAGAUAUCUUCACAGUUCCAGUUAAUUCGUAUAUACCGGUAAUGAUUCAUUUAAACAGUGCAAACCGAGAAACCUUCGUUAAACCUUACAUUUCGAGUUUCAUUAACAUUGACGAGUCAAUGUUGCGACGUAAAAAAAUAGUAUUUCAUAAAAAACUUUGGGUUUAUAAACCAAAAUAAUUCGUCUCAAUAAGCGUGCGGAGCGGACUAUCUUGAUGGCAGAGCGGGGAGGGACAGAUCUGUAGCGAGUCUGUUAUAAAGGACAACAUAUCGAUUUAAUCAACAACCAUAUCAGGAACGCUGCCACUAAAACAACAACAGACUUCUAUUUGUUUAUAAUAUUUUAAAGUUAGACAGCAUUAAGUUAAAAUAAAUCAGUGCACCCCCGUGUUGUGGUCGUAGUGGAACUGUCCUAGCCUGGUGCUGUUGAGCUAGCCCUCAUGUCAGCAGCGUCUGCACAGCACUGCUGAAAACCACGUCAAAGCUGAGGGUCAGCCAACUGAGCGUGGAUCUAUCCUGAACUCUGAACUCCUAUCAUGUCGACCUGCAAGAAAGGAGACUUGUCACCCAGCGAAAAGGAGCUUUUUGAGGUCAUAACUGCAGGAAAUGUUCAAGAAGCUUCCAGGCUGCUGGGCUGUAAGGAUGUUCGCGUUAACUGUCUGGACGAGUACGGGAUGACUCCCCUCAUGCACGCGGCUUACAAGGGGAAAGCGGAGAUGUGUCGCCUGCUGCUGCAGCACGGAGCCGACGUCAACUGUAACCAGCAUGAGCACGGCUACACGGCGCUGAUGUUCGCCGGCCUGUCAGGGAAGACUGACAUCACGUGGAUGAUGUUGGACGCCGGAGCAGAAACUGACGUGGUCAACUCGGUCGGCAGGACGGCAGCUCAGAUGGCUGCGUUUGUCGGUCAGCACGACUGCGUCACCGUCAUUAACAACUUCUUUUCUCGGGCCCGACUGGAGUAUUACACCAAGCCCCAAGGCCUGGAGAAGGAGCCCAAACUGCCCCCGAAACUGGCCGGGCCCCUGCACAAGAUCAUCAUGAGCACCAGCCUCAACCCUGUCAAGAUGGUGAUGCUGGUGCAGGAGAACCCCCUCCUGGCCGAGGUGGAGGCUCUGAACAAGUGUCGGCGCGUGAUGGAGCUGAUCAGCGAGAAGUGCAUCAAGCAGCAGGACAUGAACGAGGUCCUCGCCAUGAAGAUGCACUUCAUCAGCUGCGUGCUGGGGAAGUGUGCGUCCUUCCUGAAGGACCGUGAGGACCAGCUGGACGGGCUCAUCAAGAGUUUGCUCAAGGGCCGUGACAGCGACGGCUUCCCCGUGGCUCAGGAGAAGUUUGUUCGCGAGUGCAUCCGCAAGUUCCCGUACUGUGACGCCACGCUGCUGCAGCAGCUGGUCCGCAGCAUCGCCCCCGUGGAGAUUGGCAACGACCCCACGGCCCUGUCGGUGCUGACCCAGGCCAUCACCGGUCAGGUCGGCUUCAUGGACGCCGAGUUCUGCACCACAUGUGGUGAGAAGGGAGCGGCGAAGAGGUGUUCGCUCUGUAAAAUGGUGAUCUACUGUGACCAGACCUGUCAGAAGCUUCACUGGUUCACUCACAAGAAAGUCUGCAAGAAGCUGCAGGAGCAGCGCGAGAAGCAGGAGGCCGAGGCGGCCCAGCUGGGGGCGCCGCAGAGCCCAGAGGAGAGCUCGUCACUGCAGCAGGCCGCCGACGCGCUUCAGGAUCUCUCUGUGGACAACUGCCAGGACGUCGCCGCUGAAACGCCCAACUCUGCUGCCAUCGCAGCCGGAAACUGAUCAAGGAUUGCGGACGCCUGAUUGUCACACCCAGCCACCACGGUCCACGCGGUCCAGACGGAACUUGCCUUUGGUCCGACUCAGUCCACGAGGAUCAGACGUCUCUCUUCUGUCUGUCUCUGUGCAGCGCUGAACAUUAUGUUGGGACGUGUCUCUGCCUUAAACUGAAGCGUGAGAGUGGUGGCGCCACCUUCUGACCGUCUGGAGCGAUAACGACCAAAAAUCUUUUUUUUACCGUCUCUUGUUUAAACAGUUCAGUCAUGUUUGAACCCACUGAAUAAAUGUGUCAUUUAACCUGAGGCAUAGUACCAACGGCUGACGUCACUGCGGUAAAGCAAGUGUCCAGCAGAGGGGGUGAUUUUACCACAUUUGAUCAAGGGGCGCACAAGCUUCACAAUUUCCCUCUUUUCAUUUGUUUCUUUCCUCCAGAUUUAAUUUUAUUUGUAAAUGUCUUUUUCAUUGCCUCAUUUAUACCCCUCCAUUUCUAUUAUUCUAUUCUAUAAAACAUAAUUCAACAUUUCCUUUUUAAAUCCCUCUAGUUCAUGUCUUUUAUUUAAAUUGUGUAUUUAUUCAUUAUUUAAUUUUUUUGUGCUUAUUUUGGUUGCUGUGUUUGGGGUCAAAGGUGACGUGGGGGGAGUCCUGACCUCCUAGAAAAGAUCCAUGAAUAAAUUUUGACAAAAAACUGGCGUGAAAAGAAACUCAUCUUUUGUGAGAGGAGAAACUUGACAGACCGUUGCCGUGGCGACUGGCCUAUGCUGGCUUUGUUCCAGUUGUUGGAGUCUUUGUGGUCACGGCCCCACCUGCACCACAGCGUGGGGUCGUGUCCUGCUCACACACCCACCUGUGCUUUCCCAUGAGGCUUGGGGGCGACUGGUCUUCUCUGCUUCCUCCGUCUUUUCAGGCUGCUGUCGGCCUGACGACUGAAGAGCAAACAGUCUUUUCUUGUUGCUCGGAAGUGAAGAGACAUGAACAAACAUUCACCACAAAGAAGGUACCUGGUUCUAAAGUUCACCUGCUGAGCUGCUCACUCUACUUUUAAUCUGGCUGAAGAUGGCUUC